CUGGAGCCUGGUGUAUAGAUACUCUUCGGCUUUACACCAGGUCGGUAGUUGGUGGUAGUCAGUGGCACGGUCAUCGCAGGCUGAGAAUACCGAGGAACAUCGCCGUAGCUCGUUUUAUAUUUUUGAUUAUUUUUUCUUUCGUGCAUUAUCGGCACAGAAAUAUGAAUUUUUGACUGUUUACUUGGCUGUUUUAUAUCUGGUGACUAUCAAUAUGUGGAAACUUAAUGAUUUAUUGUUUGUUGUUGCUGUUGUGUUUAUUGUUUCACGAUGUGCUGUUGGGUCAGAAGACUCUGAAGAGCCAAGCAUAUGUACACCAAAAGCAUGUCAAAAAUCUGAUAACCAAAAAGUAGUUUGCGGCUCGGACGGGCUCAGCUAUCCGAACCGGUGUCAAUUGGAACGCGUCAGAUGUCAAAACGGAAACGUCACAUUUGUUAAGCGGGGUCCUUGCAAGAGGCAACGGUCUUGUCUGGAAUGGCAAGAUUUGGAAUUAGAUUUUCCACAGUAUAAGUUUAAGGCAAGAUGUAAAAAAAAUGGAGCUUAUGAACCAGGACAAUGCCAUCCAGAAUCUGGAUUCUGUUGGUGUGUUACUCCCGAAGGAAUUCCGUUGCCAGAUACAGUAAAAGAGAAGAAUACUAAUCCAGAUAGUAAGCCCAUAAGGUGUGGUGGGGGUAGCAAAAGGAAAAUACCCCGUUCCUCACCAAACCGAAAAACAAAAACCCGCGCCUGUAAACUUACCGAAAAAUCUCAGCUAAAUAACAAUAUAAUAAACAGCUUUCAUUCCGAAUAUAAACGGCAAUUUGGACAAACCGCCAUCGACCAAACAGUGGUGCAAUGGAAAUUUACAAGUCUUGAUGCCAAUAAGGAUGAGAGUCUGGACAGACGAGAAUUUCGCGAUAUAAAGAGGCUGGUAUCGAAGGCGAUGAAACCAAAGAGGUGUGCCAAAAAUUUUCCAAAAGCCUGCGAUGUAGACUUGGAUGGAAAAAUCACUUUGCAGGAGUGGCAGGACUGUUUAUCCAGGGACGGAUCUAAUUUUCCUUUCCGUAUGUUUGCUUUGCUGGCUACAGUGCGUACAGAUACGGUCGCUGAGGGACCUGGCAGAAGUUACACUAGACAUAUAGAGGGAGAUGAUGGAGAAGACUACGAUUCUGGAUUUGAUCCGAUACCGGCACCUCCACAUGGAGUAUUAAACCCUGAUGUCAGUAUCAUCCCAUCUAACCCGGGGGACUAUGACCAGAUGGAUAGCAAAGAUGAUGAAAUUCCUGGUUGCUUAACUGAUCGAAAGAUUGCUCAAGAAGAACCGCUUUCCUAUAUACCCGAAUGUACACCUGAUGGCCGAUAUAAGAAGGUACAGUGCUUUAAAUCAGUCGGGUAUUGUUGGUGCGUUAACGAAGAUUCAGGAAAAACCAUCGCGGGUUCUGCCAUAAAGGACAAAAUCCCCAAUUGUACCGCUUUCGAUCCACCCCCGAGGCCCAUGAAAGGAUGCCCCGAUGACAAAAAAAUAAUCUUUUUGCAAGAGCUUGCGCAGUUCUUUCAGAAAAAGCUCACUGAAAACUCACCCAACAACCCUGCCGGAUCAUUGGCAUUGAUCCAGUCUAAUAAGGAACAACAAGCGUUAGCAAGUUUUAAUUUCUUAGAUAAGAAUAAGAAUAAAGUACUUGAUAAACCAGAGUGGAAGGCAUUUAAAGAAAUGGUAGUUCCUAUAAAAGGCCUAAAGAAAUGUGGCAAAAAACUACCCAGAUACUGUGAUAGCAAUCAGGAUAGACAGAUAACUUCUGUUGAGUGGCUAGAUUGUCUUAAUAUUCAGGCACUUAUAUCAGCACAAACCAGUGUUUCAACUACCAAACUAAGCAAAACAAAUCCCCUAAGUCUUCUAAAGGACGACUAAAUAUAUAUUUAGUAGAAUUUUUUCCUAUACUUGUCUAAGGAAGGAAGAAAGACUUUCAUGUAAAUAUCUGGCAUAUUUAUUGUAUAUACAAUGCAAUAUGGAUAAAAGAUCGGGACAGUGAGCUGGCCACAGUAGAGAGAGACAGUACUGAAUAAAGAUAAAAGCCUCGUUGCCACAUUUGUGAUUGUAGCUUAUAAUGUACAGCUUUGUUGUAAAAAAUUAGUUCAUUUUUAGCUUUAAAUCUUUUUAGCUAAUUUAUUUAGUAGAUGUGUGUUUGUUCUUUUGUAUUUUAUCCAGGCGAAAUUAUCUUUAAACCUUUCACCAAAAUAUCAAGACAGCAUUUAGUUCGGAUUUUGUAUGAAUGCGUGCCAUGGAGUUAAAAAAAACAUGGUAUUUUAUUGCAGUGAGUGUUUGUUUGUCUUAUGAUUAGAUGCUACAGCAGUGUACUCGUCAAAAAGUAUUUUAGGCUUAGUUAAAUGUUAGUUUUUGUAUAUCUACAUAUUCUGUGUAUAUUUUUAACUGUAUUUGUUACGUGCAUUUAGGAAAGAAUAAAAUAAGUUUUGUUGA